CAUUCCAUGGACUUCUUGCUGUUUCAGUUUGGACUGUGUGCGUUCACAUAUGACCAGGCAGAGUCCAAGUACGUCAUCAAGACUUUUAAUUUUUAUAUAUUCCCAAAGCCGUUCAACAGAACCUCCCCAGACACCAAGUUCAUCUGCCAGAGUUCCAGCAUAGACUUCCUGGCCAGUCAGGGUUUUGACUUCAACAAAGUGUUCCGUAACGGGAUCCCGUACCUGAACCAGGAAGAGGAAGUGCAGCUGCGGGAGCAGUAUGAGGAGAGGCGGAGUCAGAGUAACGGAUCAGGAAACCCCUCCUACAUCUCACCCAACCCAAACAAAGGCCCCGGCAGCGUCCCCGAGGAGCACAGGGAGUACAUCGGACGGGUGGUAGAGAAGGUGGAAUCUCUGUUCACUACCUCAGAGAAGACUGUGGACCUGGAGCCCUGCACUGGCUUUCAGAGGAAGCUGAUCUACCAGACUCUCAACUCCAAGUUCCCAAAGGGCCUUCAUGUGGAGACCAUGGAGACAGAGAAGAAAGAGCGAUACAUCCAGAUCAGCAAGGUGGACGACGAGGAGAGGAAGAGGAGGGAACGGCAGAAACAGGAGAGAGAACAGGAGGAGCUGAAUGACGCUGUGGGAUUCUCCAGGGUCAUACACGCCAUCUCCAAAUCUGGAAAGUUGGUGGUUGGCCACAACAUGCUGCUGGACGUCAUGCACACCAUCCAUCAGUUCUACUGCCUACUGCCAGAGGACCUGAAUGACUUUAAAGAAGUCACUCAGUGUGUCUUCCCCAGGCUGUUGGACACCAAGCUCAUGGCCACUACGCAACCUUUCAAGGAGUUGAUCAACAUCACGUCUCUUGCAGAGCUGCAGAAACAGCUGAAAGAGAGCCCCUUCAAAUCUCCUAAAGUUGUGACGGCGGAGGGGUUCCCCAGCUACGAUACAGCCCAGGAACAGCUCCACGAGGCGGGCUACGAUGCCUUCAUCACUGGUCUCUGCUUCAUCUCCAUGGCCAACUACCUAGGUACUUUCCUGACUCCCCCCAGAGCCCACAUCCCAUCCCAAUCGAAACUCAUCCAACCCUUCGUCAACAAACUGUUCCUGAUGAGGAUCAUAGAUAUUCCCUACCUCAACAUCAGUGGACCAGACCUUCAGCCCAAGAGGGAUCAUGUUCUGUAUGUCACCUUCCCUAAGGAGUGGAAGACCAGUGACCUCUACCAGCUGUUCAGUGCCUUUGGUAACAUCCAGGUGUCGUGGAUUGAUGACACGUCAGCGUUUGUAUCUCUGAGUCAGACGGACCAGGUUCAGAUCGCGAUGAACACCAGUCGCUAUGCGGAGAGCUACCGUAUCCAGACGUAUGUAGAGUAUGUCCAGGGCAGGCAGCAGGUCAGGGAGAGCCAGGGCCAUUCUACCUCGUCCUGGGACGAGGACGGCUGGGUUAAACCGCACUACACCUCCCCCUCUACAGUUGGUGCUGGUCCUACUGGCUACAGCUACGGUCACAACAGGCCGUCGUUGGGGAAACGCUGCGUCAGUCCGAUCCAGGAGGAGCAGCCUACAGAGGGAGAGGCUCAGAGACACGCUGACGGAUGGAGUGGUUACACACACUCUAACACACACUCUGACACGGGCAGCAAGAAGAUCAGGACCGAUGGGGUGUGUGUACGGACGUAUGCAGGAGUAGUGGACAGUAGGACGUCAGAAGGCUGGCUGAAAACUCAGUCUGAGUCUGAUUCGUCGAGCAUGAGUCCGAUCCAGGAAGAGGCGGGGUCGGAGGCGGUAGACGACGCUAGUGAUCCGGCGGCGGGCGAAUGGCAACAGCAGCCUUCAACCAAUCAGAGCAAGAAGAGCCGCAAGGACAACAGGAUGAGGAAGAGUGAUGGUGCAGAGACGACGUCUUCUCUGUUCGACGUACCUCAGGUCUGGUAGCGAUGGAACCCGAGCUCCUGGCUCCUUACCACCUGGGUUCCUACUUCCUACCCCUGGCCACUUGACUCCUACCCCCUAGGACCGGGUUUGGAACGAGGCCUGAAGUUUCAACCAGCUGCACUUAUCUGACUGGCUGAGAGAAACGAAGCCAUAAAUCAUGAUAGGAGUCCUCAGCAUGUGGUAUAGCAGGAUAUUCACCCUAAUCCGUAUAUAGUACACUACUUUUAACUACGGCCAAUAGAGCUCUGGUUCAAACUAGUGCACUAUGGAUUGUUGUGUCCCAAAUAUUUUUUUCACUGCUUUUUUUGUUGUUGCUCGCACUGUUUUUCAUUUCUGAUUGAUUGAUAAAUCCCCUGUAUCGUGAUGGAUUAGGUAGUUACCACUCUGCAUGUUGUGGCGCUACUGGCAGCUGUUCAGUACAGAGAGAGAGAGAGAGAGAGAGAACUCACACCCAGGCUCUACUCUCCUAACCCACCAGGCUCUGAAAUGGCAGCUUGAUCUCUGUUCCACUACUCUUAACCAGGGUCUAUAGCGCUCU